GCAACUUCUUUGCCUCCACCACCGAGGCAAGCAUACACACACAACCCGCAAGCCGAGCUAUGCGAAACCAAUGCCUACGACAGCUUCGAUGCGCAGCGACACCAAAGCCUGCUAGACCCUUCAGCACCAGCGCAGGCCUCUACCGCGCUUUCAGGGAAGGAGACGUCGUUCUUCUACGGAGCAAGAAAGAUAUAGUAGACGGCACUCUUCUGAAACUACAGGCUGCGAAGACCGCACAUACCCACCGCGGGGUUAUCGACCAUGCCAGUAUAAUUGGGAAGGAAACGCGCCAGGUAGUGCGGUCUUCGAAAGGCUUCGAGUUCCGCGUCCACGAACCUACUUUGGCAGAAUACGUUCGGCUCACCCCACGUCUCGUCACACCUUUGUACCCCUCUGAUACCAAUUUGAUCGUCUCUCUUCUUGAUAUCCACGUCGACACACCAUCAAGUGCCCUGAACAAUGAGCCACCCUUCGAGAUUCUCGAGGCCGGUACAGGUCACGGAGCGUUGACACUGCACCUUGCUCGAGCCAUCCAUGCUGCAAACCCGCCGCUAGCGAAGACCCCCGAUUACGCCACAAAUGUAGAAGAACCAGAGGAUGCUGUGUACUUGGGUGAGUCUAUGUCAGACCUUCAAGAUAUGGCUCUAGAUUCGUGGAAACCCUGCAGACGCGCUAUCGUGCACACUCUGGACAUCUCAAGUAAGCAUGCGAAGCAUGCGAAGAAGAUUGUCCAAGGCUUUCGACACGGCCUAUACGCUGGCAAUGUCGAUUUCCACGUGGGAGACGUGUCGGCUUGGAUUGCUUCGCAAAGAGUGACUAGGAAGACUGAAGAACCUUUCUUGAAUCACGUCUUUUUGGAUCUGCCCAAUGCCGAGACGCACCUGGCGAAUGUGGCACCGGCGCUGCGUGUGGAUGGGCUACUGGCUGUGUUCAACCCAAGCAUCACACAGAUCGCGCAAUGCGUAGAGUUGAUUCGUGAGGAGAAAAUGCCGUAUCUGCUCGACCGAGUCGUAGAACUCGGCGCAGGUACGAUUCGUGAAUGGGACGUCCGCGCCGUCAGACCAAGAUCGACACUAAAGAAGCCGGACACCAAGGAGUUGCCAGACGCUUCCGACGUAGAGUCUGUCGAUCCGGUCAAGGGCCAAGAGGCAAGAGACGAUGAGUUGGCAGAGACACUAGCCAAAGAAGACGAGAAAUGGGCCAUGGUUUGCCGCCCAAAAGCGGGCCAGAUGGUUGUAGGUGGUGGGUUUCUGGCGCUGUGGAGACGCAUGGAACGCAUGGAACGCCCAAAGAGCAAGGAACAGAGUGAUGAUGAGUCGAGUUAGACCAAUUGAAACCUCAAUGCGCCUGUUUAUCAGGUACACCGACAUUUGACAU